AUGUCCAACUCUCCUCAAGGUCACGCGAGCGGCGCGGCUACCCUAUCCGCCUACGCUAGCAAGUUUCUUGCAGGUAGCCGAUCGGGUGGCGACAGCCUGGAUUCACAGAGACCUUCACGUCCGGUAUCGCCGCCGCAUCCAUUCUUACCAUCGCCAACGGCAUCAGACUCGCGUUCACGAGUCGCCGAGUCUCGCACCCCGUCGCCUUCAAGAACCCCACCGUUCCCAGGGCCAGGGCUUGAUGGCAUCCCUUCCAUCGACGACAUGGAAGAAGCGAGCACCGUCAGUCGCAGCGGCAUUGGCGCCGGUCUGCUGUUCGACGCACCAAGUGGCAGUGACAAUGAUGGAGAGUCUCGCAUCAGUCUUCGCCACACCCGCCACGCACAUAUUCCUGAUCCCUACGGCGCGUCGUCUGAGAGCGAAGCCGAGAUCGAGCCUGACUUAGAUCAGGUGGCCGAGGCGCGUCGCUCACUCCUCAAGCCGACGUCUUCUGCGCCACGCGAUGGCCGGAAACGGAAGGGGUGGCUCGCGUACCAGAGUGUCUUCCCUUCGUCUUCGUCGAGUGAGGCAUCGGAGAGCGACAAGGACACAGAGGACGAGAGCGUCGUCGACGAGCGCUUUGGUUUGAUGGGCCAGUCACGUCGACAGCCGUUGCCGGCAGUACCCAUCAUCGUAUCAUCAACUGCUUAUCAGGAUGCUCUUGACGAGCCGCUUUUGGGACCGGACGAGAUCGCUCAAAUGACGACGAGGGUACCGUUACGCCUACAGGUCUUCCACGGCCGUUUCGGCCAUUGGGAACGAGAGGGGCUGCGCAAGUACAAGGACCCUGUUUUCCUAGCGCUCUGGCUUACAACGCUGUUGAGUGUGCUGUUCGCCUUGCUGUUCGUAUGGGGCUCAAGCGACCCUCCCCCGGGAGUUCCACGUCGUGGCCCACCCGUACUGUCCCUCUUACCAAUGCUGAUGGCGCUCUUGAUCCCGACGUUCAUCCUCCCACCAGUCUUCUUGUUCCUCCUCCACAACACCGUCCGACCCGUGCUCGUCGCCACUGCCGGAGCCGUCCCCUUCUCCCUGUUCAUCUGCGGAUGGUGGGCGCUAGGAGCGAGCUUCGAGAGCAUCGACGACGUUGAGAAAGGCGAGCGCUGGUGGGCAACCACGGGGAUGAGACUGUUCGCCGUCGUUCUGUGGAUCGUCGCUGCAUGUUUUGCGCGUCUAGUCUGGGUGCGCCGUCGACGCUUGGCUCAAACAGUUUCUGUCGUUGAGCUCUCAACGAGCCUCCUGCUACGGCACCAGCCUCUUCUCUUCCUAACACCCCUCCUGCUAAUGGUCUUUGCUGUCACGUCUAUUCCUUUCAUGACCUUGCUCGUCCGAUUGGGCAUGUAUGGAUACUGGCGCCAACCUCGCGAGGGCACUUGGGCAUUCCAUCUCCAGCCAUGGGCUGGGUGGCUGAUUGUCGUCGUCACUCUCGCGUGGCUAUGGACUUGGGGCGUGAUCCGAGGUGUUGGGCGCGUCGCGGUCGGCGCUGUCGUGGGGGAGUGGUAUUUCCAUCGCGAAGACGGGGUCGACCCAUUCGAGAUCACCACGGCCGCCGUUCAUCGGGCAACUGGUCCAGCUCUUGGCAGUGUUUGCCUAGGUUCGCUCAUCGUCGCAACAAUGCGCUUCGUUGGGCGAGCCGCCGCUGAGAUGAAGCGAAUCACCUCCCCACGCUCCAAGGUCCUUCCAAGCGCGUUCUCGUUCUUGACGAGUCUCUCCCCAGUCUUCUCUAUCGUCGCCAGUGUACUGGACCAAGCGAACAGCUAUGCCCUCGUCUACGUAGGCGUCACGGGAGAGGCUUUCUGGCCGAGCGCCCGCCGGGCUGUGGGUCUGACCAGCCGCAGGAACAGUGGCAAGCUGCUUGACUACACCCUCAUCAAACUGCUUCUUACCUUGAUCUCUGCUGCAACUGGCCUUUUCACCGCGACCAUAGGCUACUUGUACAUGACGCACAGCCUCGGGCGACCGGGUUAUGCUCCGCUGGCUGCUCUACUGUGCGGUGGGGUGCCAUUCGUUGCGAUGCGUGCGGCCACAGCUGUUUUGGCUGACGCCGCGGACGCACUCUUCAUCUGUCACCAGAUCGAUGGGGAGACCGGAGGCGGCCAUUGCGAGGAGGCCAAAGACGCCUUUGAGGGGGCGACGUUCCGCGACGACGCCAUUGUGUAG